AGUACACCUCACCCAGACACACUCUGCAUAUCUGGGCUCUUCAACUGUACAUGCCUUCAGGGUCAUCCACCCAAAUCUUCAAGGCCAGCAAUUUUCGCCAUUUAUUUUUCUUUUUGUUUUCUUUCUGCCUGUUUUCCUCCCUUUUCUCAGCCUCAGAAAUUCAGCCCCUGCCUCCAAAUCCCAGCCUUCAAAGCAGGGACACCAGUGUCCAGAGGUUGGAGCAGGGACGCUGGUGACCAGAUGCUGGAGCAUGGUGGUUAGCGCACGCUGUGAAAUGUGACGACAGCCAGCAGUCAGGCCACGUGGAGGCCCACUGUGCUGGUUUGCUGGGAGAGCCCUUGGAGAGAGACUGUGAUAUUUGUCUUUUUAACUUUGCUUCUUUUUUUUUGACCUAUGUGCAUACUGUGCAUAGCUGUAACAUAACUCUUUUUUUCUUCCUUUCUCUAUUCUGUAACUAAGGAUUGUACCUUGGUACUCUGUACAUAAGAUGGCAUCGUAUGUUGUGACAUUGUUACACUCUGACUAAUCUUACAACUGAAGAAGCUGUAUGUUGGUACCUUUGAACCUAAGUUGGCACUGUUAAGAGGCAACAUAUAAACCUUUCACUGUAUUCAUGUGAGUAGUUACUAGUGUGUACCGCAAGGGUCGGUGUUGGGUCCACUGCUGUUUGUCAUUUUUAUAAAUGACCUGGAUGAGGGCGUAGAAGGAUGGGUUAGUAAAUUUGCAGACGACACUAAGCUCGGUGGAGUUGUGGAUAGUGACGAAGGAUGCUAUAGGUUGCAGAGAGACAUAGAUAAGUUGCAGAGCUGGGCUGAGAGGUGGCAAAUGGAGUGUAAUGCAGACAAGUGUGAGGUGAUGCACUUUGGUAGGAGUAACCAGAAAGCGAAGUACUGGGCUAAUGGUAAGAUUCUUAGUAGUGUAGAUGAGCAGAGAGAUCUCGGUGUCCAUGUACACAGAUCCUUGAAAGUUGCCACCCAGGUUGACAGGGCUGUUAAGAAGGCAUACAGUGUUUUAGCUUUUAUUAAUAGAGGCAUCAAGUUCCGGAACCAUGAGGUUAUGCUGCAGCUGUACAAAACUCUGGUGCGGCCGCGCUUGGAGUUUUGCAUACAGUUCUGGUCACCGCAUUAUGGGAAGGAUGUGGAAACUUUGGAAAGGGUGCAGAGGAGAUUUACAAGGAUGUUGCCUGGUAUGGAGGGAAGGUCUUACGAGGAAAGGCUGAGGGACUUGAGGCUGUUUUCAUUAGAGAGAAGAAGGUUGAGAGGUGACUUAAUUGAAACAUAUAAAAUAAUCAUAGGGUUAGAGAGGGUGGAUAGGGAGAGCCUUUUUCCUAGGAUGGUGAUGGCGAGCACGAGGAGGCAUAGCUUUAAAUUGAGGGAUGAAAGAUAUAGGGCAGAUGUCAGAGGUAGUUUCUUUACUCAGAGAGUAGUAAGGCAAUGGAACACUUUGCCUGCAGCGGUUGUAGAUUCGCCAACUUUAGGUACAUUUAAGUCAUCAUUGGAUGAGCAUAUGGACGUACAUGGAAUAGUGUAGAUUAGAUGGGCUUAAGAUCGGUAUGACAGGUCAGCACAACAUCGAGGGCCGAAGGGCCUGUACUGUGCUGUAAUGUUCUAUGUACACAUGACAAUAAAGCUAAUUCAUUCAUUCUUUAGUCUAAUAAUGACCAUGUAACCAAUGUUCAAAAGCAAAGUUGCUGGAAAAGCCCAGCAGGUCUGGCAGCCUCUGCGAAGGAAAAAAACAGUUGAUGUUUCAGGUCAGUAACCCUUCCUCAGAACUCAGUUUCAUGCCACCAGACCCAAAACAUUCUUUCCUUCACACAUGCUACCAGACCUCCUGGGCUUUUCCAGCAACUUUGUUUUUGUUCCUGGUUUACAGCAUCAGCAGUUCUUCCGGUUUUUAUGUAACCAAUGUUGAUGCUUAUAAAAUCCAUUUGGAUUGCGGAAGGAAACCUGUGAUCUCUUAAUCUCUGAGGGUCUUAAGUCUUUGGAAUUCUCUUCCUGAAAGACCGGCGAAAGCAAAGUCCCCAAAUAUUUUUAAAACAGAGGUGGAUGGAUUUUUUUUAUGCAAGAGAUUGAAAGGUUAUUUGGAGUAGGCAGGAAUACAGAUUGGAGAUGACAGUCUGAUUAACUAUGAUCUUAUUAAAUCGUGGAGCAGCCUCAAAUGUCUGAUUGGCCUUCACUUGCUCCUUAUUUGCUGUGCUUAUUUUGUAUAUAAAUUUUACUGGCAGUAUUUCAUGUUGUUUUACAGAGAGGGUGAAAAAGAAUUUUUAAAAUUCUGUUUCCAACUCUGUGCGAUCAAAGAAAUGUGUUUUUCUAACCCAAGUAUGAAGACAAUUCACGCAACUGGCUGGAAGUCUUUUUUUGUGUUUAAAUCAAUGGGAUUGUUUUCUUUUACUGGAUAAAUGCACAUUGCAAGCCUAAUGAGAAAGAUAUCUUUCAAAACUGAAAGAAAAGGAGCAUUGAGGAACAUACCAAAAACCCUGAGAGGGAGCUUGAAAUUUAUGGUAUGAAGAUUGAGUCUAAAGUUACUUCUCGAUUUGCUCACAACGUGGUAAUCAGCCGAGUGGUAAAUCAAGCCAAUGAAUCAAAGGAAGCUUUCUUUGAAAUGGAACUGCCUAAAACAGCAUUUAUUACCAAUUUCAGCAUGACUCUAGAUGGAGUGACAUACAUGGGAGCUGUGAAAGAAAAACAAGUUGCUCAGCAGCAGUACCAACAAGCAGUUUCACGGGGACAAUCUGCAGGGCUUGUAAAAGCAUCUGGAAGAAAAAUGGAGAAGUUCAAAGUGUCAGUAAAUAUUGGACCAACAAAAAAAGUCACCUUUGAACUAACUUAUGAAGAAUUGUUAAAACGUCAUCUGGGGAAAUAUGAAAUGCAAAUCAGAGUAAAACCCAAGCAAUUUGUCAAACAUUUCCAGAUUGAUGUACACAUUUUUGAACCACAAGGCAUUGCCUUUCUGAAUGUUAAUGCAAAGUUUCUAACAAAUAAUCAGACUUCAAUUGUGAAAAAGACUCUUACAGAAACAAGGGGCCACAUUUUCUUUAAACCAACUCUUGAGCAACAGCGCAAAUGUCCUAAUUGUCAUGAGACUAUUCUGGAUGGAGACUUCAUCAUUGAGUAUGAUGUCAAUAGAGACCUGUCUGCUGGUAGUGUUCAGAUUAUAAAUGGAUAUUUUGUACAUCAUUUUGCCCCUGCUAAUCUGCCCAUAAUGCCUAAAAAUGUCAUAUUUGUGAUUGACCACAGUGGAUCUAUGUCAGGGACUAAGAUGCGUCAGACAAAUGAAGCCCUUCUAAAAAUUUUGGAUGAUAUGGACAUAGAAGAUCAUUUUGCCAUUAUUCCCUUUCAUAGCUCCGCUGAAAUAUGGAAAAAUGCCAUCCAUCAAGCAACUCCAAGCACUGUGACUGAAGCUAAAAUGUUUGUGCAAAAUAUCAGUGCCAGAGGAGGAACAAAUAUAAAUGAUCCAAUGUUGAAAGCUGUAAGUCUUCUAAACAAGGCCCAUCAAGACAAGCUUCUGCCUGAAAGAAGUGUCUCCAUGAUUAUUUUGUUAACGGAUGGUGAUCCAAAUGAAGGUGUAUCAAACCCAACAACAAUCCAGCAGAAUGUUAAAAGUGCCAUCAAUGGCAGAUACAAUGUGUAUUGCCUUGGGUUUGGUUUUGAUGUUAAAUACAGUUUUCUCGAGAAAAUGGCUCUGGAGAAUAAUGGUGUAGCUCGGAGAAUUUAUGAGGAUUCAGAUGCUCCCUUACAGCUCCAGGGCUUUUAUGAUGAAGUAGCAAAUCCCCUGCUUUUGGAUAUUGAAUUGCAAUAUCCAGAGAAUGCCAUUUCCGACUUAACUCAGGCUAAUUUUAGGCAGUAUUAUGAUGGGUCUGAAAUUGUAGUAGCUGGCAAGAUUUCCGACAAUGACCUGGAUUUUCUCACAGCAAAGGUCUUUGCUCAAACUGCCAAUGAAAAUCUCACUCUGAAAGUAGAAGUGCAGGUAUCAGAGGUUGAAGAUGUCACUCAGCAGCAGCAAUACAUUUUUGGUGACUUCACUGAGCGGCUAUGGGCUUAUUUGACCAUACAACAACUCUUAGAGAAGCGGGUUUCUGCAGAGACAAAUGAGAAAGGAAACCUGACUGACAGAAUCCUGGAACUGUCACUCAAGUACAGCUUUGUAACACCACUAACAUCUAUGGUUGUAACAAAACCAGAGGAAAAUAAAAAUGAGCGCUUUGUGGCUGACAAACCAGCAGAAGAUGAAAAAAUCAGAACACCAAAAGCACAACAUAGUGGUCCAAGAUAUAAAAGCCGUGUUCGUGCUUUCACUUCUGUUGACAGUGAUCCUCAUUUUAUUGUUUCAAUAAAUGACCACAGUGAUGCAAUUUGUUUCAACGUUGAUGGGAAACCAGGGGCAAUUCUAAAUCUGGUCACUGAUCCGUAUAAAGGCUUUGUGGUAAAUGGACAAUUGAUUGGAGUGAAGGAAGUAAAAGAUAACAAGAAAAUGAAAACUUACUUUGGAAAGCUUGGAAUUGCAAGUAAUAAAAUGGAUGUGAAAGUUGAAAUAUCAACAGAAAUUAUUGCAAUCAAUCAUGGAGAUGAUGAGAUUACUUUCCCCUGGUCAGAAACAGUAUCCUUAACAAAAGAAAGUUUCUCAAUCUCAAUUGUGAAAGAAAGGAAUCUGACGCUAACAAUGGGAGAUGAUGCAAAAUUUGUUAUUGUGCUGCAUCAUGUGAGGAAAAACCACACUGUACACAGAGAUUUUCUGGGAUUUUAUACACUUGACAGCCACAGCUUAUCAAAUGUGACCCAUGGAUUGCUUGGUCAGUUUUACAAUGAAGUAAAUGCGGUGAUACGUAAUAUUAGUCCUCGCUUACAUCAAGACAAACUUCGUGCAACCAUGAUUGUAAAAGGUCACAAACUUAGAGUAAGAAGGGUGUCUGAGAAAGAUUACAGGCUUGAUUCAAACCGAGGCAUCAAUAUCCCAUGUUGGUUUGUCCACUCCAGUGGGAAAGGAUUUAUAGAUGGAAUUGCCACUGACUAUAUUGUUUCUUCUUUAUUUAACUCACUACAUUCAUGAUUUGAGAGCAGAUGAUGAAAGUUUAACACUUUUGUAUCCCUGGCAUAACUUUGCUAUUCAGUCGCUUAUAUGAUAAAUACAUAUAUUUUAACAGUUAUAAAUCUGCAAGCACUUCAAUUAUAUAUUUCUAUGUUUGUAAUUUACUCGUCUGUGUCAAAUGGCCCAAUUUGGUUUGUAUGUGGAAAAACUGAACCAGGUGUUAUAUGGUGAACUCAGUGUUGACCCAACAGAAUGAAUCUUCUAGAUUCUAAAAAUGUUUGGGCCUUGGGAUCCAGUUCUGCCUUCCAGUCCUGUUAAUAGAAGGAGCAGGAUUUUAUGUGCAUUCUCACAGGAGCUGGUCAAUUAAGCAACUUUCCCGUGAGAUCACAAUCCAAUUUGAGAAAACCAGCAGCCUAAGGAGGUGAAAAGGUUAAUCAGUGCCUGCAGCCAACAAUCUUUAAUGUUGCAUCAAGAGAAUUAAGGUAGGCGAUGGCCUCAUAGUAUUAUCUCUGGAUCAUUAAUCCAAAGACCUAGGUAAUAUUCUUGAGUCCUGAAUUCAAAUCCCACCAUAACAAAUGGUGGAAUUUGAAUUCAAUAACAAUCUGGAAUUAAGAGUCUAAUGAUGACCAUGAAUCCAUUGCUGAUUGUCAGGAAAAUACCAUCUCGUUCACUAAUGUCCUUUAGGGAAGGAAAUCUGCCAUCCUUUCUGGUCUGGCCUACAUGUGACUUCAGACCCACAACAUUGUGGUUGAGUCUUAACUGCCCUCUGGGCAAUUAGGAAUGGGCAAUAAAUGCUGGCCCUGAUCCCAUGAAUAAAUUAAACAAUGGGACAUGAGGAGUUAUGUAGUGAAAGGGAGAUGAGGGUAGUGGCACCAGAAGGCUUCCCUAUAACCAGAAUUUCCGUGCAACUGCAGUUUUCUUGUGAGACUGCUGCAUUGCAGGGUCGAACAACCAUAUCGGGGAGUUCUGUGAGCAGUUUUUGUCUCUUUAUUUAAGAAAAGAUUAUUUUAUUGGAAGCAGUUUAGAGGAGGUUCUCGAGAAUGAUCACUGCUAUGGAGGGAUUGUUUUAUCAGUAAAUGUUAAACAGAUUGGGUCCCUACUAAUUGGAGUUUAGAAGAAUGAGAGGUGAUCUUAUUGAAAGAUAUAGGAUUCUUUAGGACCUUGACGAGUCAAGUACUGAGAGGAAAUUUCCCAUUGUAGGAGAGUCGAGGAUGAUAGAGCAUAGUCUCUGAAUAAGAGGGGCAAAUUUAAGACUGAGAUUUGGAGGAAUUUCUUCUCUCAGAGGGUUUGAGUCUUUGGAACUCCUUGCCACAGAAAGCUGUGGUGGCAGCGUCCUUGUAUAUGUUUAAAGCUGAGACAAAUUCUUGAUCAGUAGGGGAAUCAAAGGUAAUGAGGAAAGGGCAGGAAAGUGGACAGGAGAUGUAUUGGAUCAUGAUCCAAUUGAAUGGUGGAGAAGGCUCAAAGGGCUGAAUGGCCUACUUCUGUUCCUAUUUCUUAUGAUCUAAUGCUGUUAUGGCAGCAUGUGCCAAUUGCCAUUUUUACCGUGUGUUGAUCAGAUAUUCUGGACCUGUCAAGCUACUUGGAAUUCUUGAUAUGUACUUACCUCCUGUGAACGGAAGAAAAUCUGUGUACCUUCCAGGAUAAGGCAGGCUCCAUUUUAAGUCUUUGCAUGGGUUUUAAUGACUACAUAAUUAUACUGUUGAAUAAAGUUACCAGCAAAAUACUUAAUCACUGAAAAAUUGUUAUACAUACAGAAGGUGCUAUUGCACAUGUACACAAUUAAAUCAAUUUUAUUUCAAAUUCA